AUGGAAGACUCAAAGGCCAAAAAAAAGCGAAGAUCACCUAACUCAGGGCCUGACUCUCCUAGGCCCUACGUAUGCCCGAUUUGCUCACGAGCGUUUCAUCGAUUAGAGCAUCAAACAAGACACAUAAGAACUCACACAGGAGAAAAACCCCACGUUUGCGACUUCCCCGGCUGUGUCAAAAGAUUUAGCAGGAGUGACGAACUUACAAGGCAUAAGCGUAUUCACACGAAUCCGCAACCCAAAGGUAAGAGAGGACGGAAGAAAAAGAUUGAAUCUCGUAAUGUAGAGCAAACUCAAGAAGUCGAGGUAAGAUCCAAUCAAGCUCGAGAGCAUCCCACGUUCCAGCUUGGUGGAGACGAGGAAGAUACUCCCGAGAAGAACAAGUUAGAGCAACAGAAUAUGGGUCUUCUGGUGAACGCCGCUCUGGGUUUACAGGCUAAGUCGGGAGAUCCGACAUCCCCGGAUUCUAUACACACCGUCAGGUCUCUGCCGUCCCUCAAAAGCUUUGGAGAGGGUCGAAACUGGAAGUCAAACUCGCCACCAACAUCUAACUCUCAUGCGGGCCACUACUCAGCCAGUAACCUGUCCAUGAUGGCUCAGCAGCCUAUACGUCCUAUCUCGUCUCGCCCAAAGCUGAAUGCUCUAUCAUCACUACAGCGUAUGACACCCUUGAAUACCGGCAGCCCUUCUGAUGGGUUGCACUCGACGGCAUACCCUUUAAGACCGCACAGCCCUCAUAGCGUUGCCAGCGGCCACAGCAGCGGUGCCUCGACUCCCACCUACAGCUUCGCCGACGUUCCAGAAGGCUCGACGCCACUACCAAGACCUCGCUCACUUACGGGGCCCCUGCGAGGCUUGAAUUCUUCAACCUCCCUUACGAGUAUAUCCAGUCUAUUGGCCAGCCAAGGCGCUGAUGCCGACGUCGAGGACGAAGAAUUCGGGAGGGUGCGAAAAAAAUCAAGAACAUCUACUCCAAGCAUCAGCAGGCGCAACAGCUCCUCUAACCUGACGAAUCUGCACCCGACAAGUUCCUUCACAAACUUGGCUGGCGCAGCGCCAGGUACCAGUUUUCAGCCUCCAGGUAUCACGGCGAUGUUGUCGUCCACUCCGUCGUCGGAUUUUUCCAGUGAGCUAAGCGAGCGUCUUCAGGUCGUACAGAACUCUGAGAACACGCAAUUCCUUGAUAGAUACACCUCAACAUCGGCCCUGGCGCAUUCCGCCGCCGCCUCCGCGAGGUACACACCGCUCCAGACUCCUCCUCGUGUGGCUAGCCCCACUAAUCCACCUGUUGCGCAGCCGAACAGUAGCUUUAGCAGUUCUAGCGCUAGCCAGGCUAAUAGCAACGAUGCCCUACCGCCAAUAAGAAGUCUGGACCUUCGGUUUCCCACUGGUUGA